AUGGGGGCUCGUAGGAUUUCACUCACAACGACACUGCUAUCCCCUUUCCUGGCCCAAACAUGUGCAGCAGCAACAGGAAUCUCAUCAGAUACGAAUACUACAAACUUCAUAAUCACUGAUGAAUUCAGCUUCAGCUGCCUCCCUCUAACCACGCAACUCUCAGAUCCGAUCGUUUCACCGGGUCAACAGUCGUCCCACACGCACGUCGUGACAGGGGGCACCGCAUUCCAGAGGCGUAUGGGGCCCGAGACGGCUCGGAGCGCAGACGAAACGACAUGUGAGGUCGCGAUCGAUAGAAGCAAUUAUUGGAUUCCCGCGCUUUACCAUGCAAAUGCGAAUGCGAGUUCUAUUUCAGAUGCGUCGCGGGAGGGUAGUUUUGAGAUGAUUGAGUAUGAGUGGAGUGCGAUUUACUACCUCAAUCGAGCAUGUAAUCAUACCCUCGGCGCUACGACAUGUGGGGAGGGAUCGUAUCCACUAGCUCCGCCGGCUGGACUGCGCGUCAUUGCUGGGGAUCCAAAACUCGAGACGUACAAUGAUUCGGAUUUCUCGCAGCGGGCUAUCUCGCACAUGUGCCUUCAGCAGAAUGGGACAUCGAAGGAGACAAAGCAUCUUCCUCGGACUUCAUGCUCGAAGUUGAGAUCGCAAGUAUUCUUCCCUUCGUGCUGGGACGGGAAGAACCUGGACAGUCCAGAUCAUAAGAGUCAUAUGGCGUAUCCUGCAAUUGGAGACUAUAACGUGGGAGUCUGUCCGAAGUCACACCCAAUCGCCAUCUUUUCAUUAUUCGUGGAAUUCCUCUUCAAUACGGCACCUUUUCCCGAUUACGAGAAUUGGGUGUAUGCAACCAAUGAUUUCGUCGGAUACAGCCUGCACGGCGAUUUCAUCAACGGAUGGACGGACCAACAAGCCCUACAGCGGGCGCUUGAGACAUGUACGGGCGAGGAGUGGCUGAGGUCCCCAGAGUGCUCAAUCACCAAGGCCCAGAAGAGGCCUUUGACUCCGUUACCACUGGAACCAGAAGUUCCGGCCCCGAGAGAUGAGUUAGGCGCAAAUAAGCCUAUACCAAUACUGCCUGGUAGUCCGGAGCAAGUCCAUUAG